ACAGCGCUGCACAACCUGUGUCGUUGCCUCGUUGCCUGGGAAACUAUUGGUACCGUAACUCCGUUAAAGAGUACGUCAUUGCGUAGCACGUUUGCGUAGCGACCGAGAAAGAGUGAGCGGCAGGAAAGUGACGGUGGAAGCGAGCGGAGCAGAAGAAAAGAAGACGUGUCUGUGAAUGAAUAUGUUGAAGGUGGAACAGAUCAUCAUUCGCUACCGUUCAUAAAGCGGUCUGACGACAGUGACGAGCGGGGUGAAGAAAGAUGGAGGACGCCUCUCUGGAUUUACGAGAUCAUUAAUCUCAGACUGGACACCGACUGCAGGCUGAACACAUGGAUACUAACGCUGCAAAUUCGGAGAAAUCUCACCUGAUACACGAGAAGAAUGCUAAAAUGUAUUCUCUCAAACUACAGAGCGCCUUUCCAGACUCCAAAGAGCAGUAUCCCGACUUCCCUUUUAAGAACGGCGACGUGUCUGGUGCCAUCGAGCUCAAACGACCCGUCGGCGUCCACUGCCACCGCACCAAAGCCUUGGCAUGUGAGGACAGUGUGGACAGGCUGCUGGCCCAGAAGAAACUCUACAUCGCUUCAGCCGUCUGCCUCGUCUUCAUGAUUGGCGAGGUCAUAGGAGGCUACCUGGCCCACAGCCUGGCCAUCAUGACGGACGCUGCCCACCUCCUGACAGACUUUGGCAGUAUGAUGGUGAGCCUGUUCUCCCUGUGGAUCUCCUCCAGACCGCCCACCAAAACCAUGAACUUUGGUUGGCACAGAUCAGAGAUUCUGGGAGCAUUAGUCUCAGUCAUGUCCAUCUGGAUUGUUACGGGGGCUCUGGUCUAUUUAGCCAUCGAGAGGAUUGUGCGCAACGACUAUGAGAUUGAUGGUCAUGUGAUGUUAGUCACCUCUGGUUGUGCCGUCAUUGUCAAUAUCAUCAUGGCCUACAUCCUCCAUCACUCCACCACCUUCCACGCUCACGGCAGCGGCUACCACCAGAUCGACGAGGACGGUCAGAGUCCCGUCUCUCACGGUCACUCUCACACGCUCCUCAGUGGCCACGGCAACACCAGCGUCCGCGCCGCGUUCAUCCACGUGGUCGGCGACCUGCUGCAGAGUGUCGGCGUCAUGGUGGCGGCGACCAUCAUCUACUUUCGGCCUGAGUACAAAGUUGCAGAUCCCAUCUGUACCUUCCUGUUCUCUGUCUUCGUCCUCUGCACCACCAUCACCAUCCUCAGAGAUGUCUUCAGGAUACUCAUGGAAGGGUCUCCAAAAGGAAUAGAGUUCAACUCGGUGAAAGAGGUGCUGAUGUCUGUGAAAGCUGUGAAGUCCAUACACUGUCUGCACCUCUGGGCUCUGACUCUGGGCCAGUCGUUGGUCUCCGUCCACCUGGCCAUCGAGGAAGGUGCCGACCCUCAGUCUGUGCUGCAGGAGGCCACUGAUCUGCUUCACACUAAGUUCGGUUUCUACAGCAUCACCAUCCAGGUGGAGCUUUACUCUGAAGACAUGAGCCACUGCUCCCACUGCCAGGACCCCUGUGACUGACACCGAUACCGGACCGACCACAACAUGACGCGGCUCAGACAUGUUUUCAUUGUUUCUGGAGCAUUACUAGCUGUGUUCCCAAAGCAGCGACCUGGAAUAGAAGGAAGUGUUUUGGUAGAUCGUUAUGUUGGCAAACUUCACCGUUAAGUCGUAAGAAAAUAGACAUCAAAGUCAUCUGUGUGUUCAUAGUAGAGUGUUAACGCUGGAGCAAACUUAGCCUGUCAGUGGUGUUUGAGCACUAAACUUAACUUCACAAGACAUCACAACGAACCAGGAAGUUGCCUUUUGUCACCAAAACACUCAGCACAAGAUGACAUCACAGCAUCAUUUAACUGUAACACUUUAAGUCCCCCCUUUACAGCAUCUAUCAGCACAAUAUAAACCGUUAAAUGGUUUUUAUCACAUACUGUAAUUGAGCUGUAAGCAGUCAACAACUUUAACUCCUCCUGUGGGCUCCCAUAAACUGGAUGUAGCUGUAAUAAUGUAAAAUAUGUCUUCAUAAGAGAAGUUGUCAUUGGUGACGGAUACUCUUCAUCAAUAAAUACUUAAAAAUAUCCUUAUAUCUGCUUAUAACUACAUUACAGUGUGUUAUAAACCAUCUAUUCUGCUUAUAAAUGCUAAAUAGUUGGACUUGAAGUGAAGUAUAACUCAUUUAACUGACUGCUUAAUACUUACUAGAUGGGUAAAUUAUGUAUAAUGACAUGAGAUGAUGUAACCAGGUUAAUUUAUGCAACUAUUUCAGGAGAUAAUAACUGUAAACGCUCGCAGUGAGUGAUGCUUCAAAAACGUUUAAAAACACUGCCGACUUCUUAAUAUUUCCUUCAAAUUUCAAAAACUGCCAGACUGUUGUUGUUAUUAUUUACUGUUCAGCUUAAACACUUUUCUCACAUUUUAAGACGACGCUGCUUAAACUCAACAUUUACUCAGCGUUGCAUAUUUUAAUGUGUAAGAGUUUGAGUCUCGCAGCGGGACACAUGGAUGACUUUGAUGUCUUGGUUUUGAUUUCAACGCUAAAUUUACCAAAAUAGUCCACCGACUGAACCAAACACUCAUGACACAGUUCACCGUCAUCUUACUGCCGUUACUGAAAGGCCAAACAGGACUCGACAAGUUCUUCACCAUUUAUUUCUUGACAUAUGUGCACAAAAUAGUUAUUUUUGUACCACACUGACUACAGUUGUCGUUUAAGGAAGGAAAGCAGAAAUAAUCUCUCUAAAAAUACAGAAGUGUUCAUAUUGUUGGUUGUUGCCUUAGAACAUCACAGACUGAGGGUCACAUCAUGUCUUGUGGUUAGAAAAAACAAAUGGUCAAUUACAUGACAAAUAAAUGAGAAAGUAGGGCAGGUUGAACUAUUAGCAGACACUUUUAAUCUAUGAAAACUGCAAUAUUUAUUUAUCCACAGCAGGUAUAAAUUUAAUAGAAGACUGACAGACACAACAACUGACAACCAUGAUGUCAAUGCAGUAUUUCAGGCAGUCGUCAUAACAUCCAAUUUUACGUCUUAUAAGCUCUGUGACUUGUUCAAGCCCUUUUCUGAAUCCCUGAAAAUUGUUCUUAAAAACUAAACUCCUAAUCUGAACUGUUCUAGUAUUCCCUCUGGACAUUAUACACUGUGUUGUACUUAAUCACACCAUGCUAGCUCUAAUGUGUUAUAUCUAAUUAUUCAACAAAUUCUGGAUUUGACCAAACUCUCUACUGUAAUGUACUUUGUGUCAUUUUAUCACAUCAUACCAAAGAUAAAGAGGAUUUUGGGGGGCUUGAAGGUCAGAAAAAGUAAACUAUACUAGAUUAGUGAACAUCUGGAUUUAGGCAAAAUAUAAUAGAAAUAUUACAGUUGGUUGAGAUAUAAUUAUUUGUUUUGUAAGAAAGCACCAAACCGGUCACAUUAAGGGAUAUUUAUGGUGGUAUUUAGCAGAGUCACACACACAAAACUUUACAAAAUCCCCCUGAAAGCCAAUGACAGUACUUUUAAUUGCUCCUUUAAUGUGUAUCUGAGUGAGAAAUGUUUGCCUAGUAGCUGUAAAAGCAUCGGCUUGUUCCACCGACCGUCCGAGUCGACAUUCAGGUCUGAGGCCAAAAACCAUUUAGUCCUGCAGACGGAUGAUUAGUUUCAGCUUUGUGCUGUCGUCCAUCUCAUCUAUCUUUACUUCCUCCUGUAGCUUCACUGUUACCCAUCAAUCAGCUGUAUGUCUCUGUGUUCCCCGAGCUUUCAUCCAUCUGUCUGUCUAUCUAUCUAUCUAUCUAUCUAUCUAUCUAUC